GCCACUUGCCGGCCACUAAAGCAGUAGGGAAGGGACCCACAAAACGAAAACCCCGCGAAGCUGCGGAGAGAAAGGACCCCACCUCAGGAAGUAAUAAUAUAAGUGGGACCCGAACUGGAGAAGGUGGAGCCCACAAUAGCACUGAAACGCCGUAG